GGAGAAGCACAACAAGCAGCUUGCAAAGUGAAAAGCUACUCAAAGAGAGAGGGACAUCUGAGAAGCUGCCUGGUGACGAGCCCGGUACCAUUUUUCGUCCAGUAAGUAAACAUCCGCCACACUCGACCACGGUCUGAUGUGUUAUAUAUAUGCCUCGAUAUACGUCAUCCGUAACUGUUGCUUCCAGUGUUGUGGUAUGCUUCGCGAACGCCGCCAGGCCAGCGGUUCGUUAUUAGCCCCGCCCCAGACGAAUCGCAGUAUCGGGCCAUCCUGGACCACGGCACAUGGCUCCUCAGGUUUCUCAUGCUCCAUGGCCCUCGCUGAUCCACAUAUCGGCGGCGCUGUAGAAGCUCGGCGGUGCUGCUAUGGUGGUGUCGACGGCGCCCCAGCAGCAGGAUCGGGGAUCCAGAUGGCCAUGAGCGGGAAAACGGGGAAAACGGCUCUGUACACGACGAGGCUCAAGAAGUGGCGCAAGACGUACUACCGCCACAACACGCGCCCGGGCUCCCUGCAGGCCAUCACUAUGGACGUGCUGAUGGAGAAGCACGGCGGCGCCGAGGUCCUGCGCAAGGCCGUCAGCGGCAUGCUGCCCAAGAACCGCCUGCGCGAGCCCUGCGUCGGCACUAGAAUAGGAUAG